AUGUCUGCCAUCAAAUCUCCAAUAGACUCGUUACCGAACGAGCUCCUCAUCGCUGUCCUAUCCACUAUCAAUUCUCGCGAGCUGCUCCCAUUGACCCUCGUCGACCGCCGCUUCGAUGCCACAGCGACAACCAUCCUGCAACACCGCCUCCUCCAUACUGUCAAGAUGGAAGGCCACGACAUGGUUCUAGAGAGCUAUCAUCCUGUCGCCAAGCAGUCGACGCCGACCAUGACAUGUCGCUUCCUGGGACUCAGCUUCCCGAAUCACACGCGGACCGGUGAACAAGAUAUGGAUCUCCGGGACCUCUCUCAGCUCUACUCGCACUUCCGUCCUGUUGUUUCCGAGGAGACGCGGCGCAUGUGGAGGAUUUUCGGCCGACGUCUGCCUGGCGCCCCCAUCGAGCAAGAGAUCGGCGACGAACCAGUCACCCAAGAGCUCAUCCUGGACGAUGGAGAGCUGUUCUCCCAGCUCUGCACCACUACGAGCCUGAUCAAGUCUGGUUCAAUCCCCAGUCUUCUCUCUAGCUACAGUAACAUCACACAUGGCGUGGUGCGCGUGUGGAGGAAUUGGCUGGCCGAGGCAGCGGCCAGCAGCGGCAUUUGUCCGGCUGGUAGGAGUAAUGAUCAGAACACAAUCUUGUGGACUGAUGCUGCAAGGACUGUGGGUUUGAAACUUCGAGUCACCGAGGUAACCCUAGAGCGUCUACCGCCUUACCAUGGCUUGGACGAGGAUCCGCCUGUCGCGUAUUCUCUUCAUUACGAGGAGUUGCUGGUUCGCACAAAUCAUCUCCUGCUGGCCCUAGAAAAAUCGGCUUUGCAAGACGUUGCCAUUCCAGGCAGAGCAACCAUCAUAGCUCCUAUUUAG